AGAAAGCGGGCUGGGCGCAGAGGACCUCUGGCCGGGAUGGAGCCUCGGUUGGCGAUCCUCCUGCUUCUGUGUUCCUGCUGUCUAGGCCGAAGGGUCGCCGGGACGCGGCCAUGGAGCCACCAGCGGGAGGCGGCAGCCUUGCGGGAAAGCCUUAAUAGACACCGAUACUUGAAUUCUUUUCCUCGUGAAAACUCUACUGCCUUCUAUGGAGUAAAUCAGUUUUCUUAUCUGUUUCCUGAAGAGUUUAAAGCUUUGUAUUUAGGCAGCAAACCUGCCUGGGCUCCCAGAUACCCAGCAGAAGGACAGAGACCUGUCCCCAAUGUGUCUUUACCAUUGAGAUUUGACUGGAGGGACAAGCAUGUUAUAAAUGAAGUAAGAAACCAGAAAAUGUGUGGAGGAUGCUGGGCCUUCAGCGUGGUGAGUGCAAUAGAGUCAGCAUGUGCAAUUCAAGGGAAACCUCUGGAUUACCUGAGUGUGCAGCAAGUCAUCGACUGUUCCUAUAAUAAUUAUGGCUGCCACGGUGGCUCUCCUCUCGGUGCUCUGAGCUGGCUAAAUGAGACGCAGUUGAGGUUGGUGGCGGAUUCACAAUACCCAUUCAAGGCAGAAAAUGGCCUGUGCCGCUACUUUCCUCCAUCACAAUCUGGCGUUUCUGUCAAGGAUUUUUCUGCAUAUGACUUCAGUAACCAAGAAGACGAAAUGGCCAGAGCACUUCUGUCCUUUGGCCCCUUGGUUGUGAUAGUUGAUGCGGUGAGCUGGCAGGAUUAUCUGGGGGGCAUAAUUCAGCAUCACUGCUCCAGUGGGGAGGCAAACCAUGCAGUUCUCAUCACAGGCUUUGAUAAAACAGGAAAUACUCCAUAUUGGAUGGUACGAAAUUCCUGGGGAAACUCUUGGGGAGUAGAAGGCUAUGCCCAUGUGAAAAUGGGAGGUAAUGUGUGUGGCAUCGCAGACUCUGUUGCUGCUGUCUUCGUGUGAUCAUGAAAUGUUUUGGAUUCCUCAAGAGAUAACUACUAAUAUGAUGCACUUCAUGGUGUGAUUUAAUAUAAUAUUCAAUUCUAAGCAUUAUGCACCAUCAGGUUUCAACAUCUUGUCUAUGGACAGGUUCUUAGAGCCAACUAGCAUUUUGUAAAGCAGCACGGGACAUUCUAUUUUUGCAGAGAUGAACAGCAAAAGUUUAUAGAAAUUCCCCAGCACAUUGACUGGUCAACAGAAUCUGUGGGACAGUAUACUUCUGAGAGUUGGGUGGGAAGUCACAGAGUGUCCUCCAUCUGGAAGCAGUUGGGAUUUUUGCUUGCUUAUUGUCUUUCUGGCUAUUUUAAUGAAGUACUUUGGUCAGGUUGAAGAAAUCUCAUCAAAGAAAUGAUGAAGUUUGUUUUCUUUUGUGACUUACAAUCACCAGCUUUAGAUUACCUCAUCUACAAGAACUCUCAGUCUGAUUCGGUGUGUACCGCACAAUUAAUUACAGUGGCCUUCUGAAAUGGGAAUCCACGUGUACAGAUUUGAAAUAUCAGUUGUUUUAUCUCAGCAAAUGGACCUUACUCUAGAUAAUAGAACAACUAUGCACAAAGAAGAAAUGUGAGAAUCCCAUCUUCAGAGAGACAACCCAACUGAAGUUUAGUGAAACACACAAUGGCUAUGUGAUAGGGAGUAUCCCGUGCUACUUCUGGGGAGGCAUAAUGUCUAUAAAGCUUCACUGUCAAGCAUCCAAAAUGUUUAGCUUCUUGCCUUCUUCCUGAUGUAGUAGAGAACGAAGUAUGGUCCACAUUUAUUACCUUUCUUGUCCUUUACCAUACAGUUUCUAUGGUUUCCUGGUGGUUCACCUUUCAGUCCAAAAAAACCUCAGUCCCAUUGGUUAUAUUCCAUUUCUGUUACCCAAUCUCUUAUUUAAAAAACAAAGUUCUCCGACACCUACUCACAUUGUUCCUUGUUUAUGUCUUUUAGAGGAAUAAUAGCAUCAAGAACAAAACUCCGUACUCUUUUGUCUGUACCACUGAGAAGCAAUCUCAAACAAAUGUGCAAAAGAGUGUAGGGAAGUGGCAGAAGAAAGUUCUUAACAUUUUUAAUAAGGUAGUCUAAUUACUGAAGGAAUCCAGAAAGGAAUUUAGUCCAGCUAUAGUUGUUCUUAAUGACUUUCAGUAUGUUAUCAGCAAAUGUCUAAUACCCAGUUUCAAAUGCAGAAGCAGUUUUAAAUUUUCAAAAUGACUGUUACCUCCUAAGUGUCCUGGAUUGAUAACAUUUAUAAUAAAGAAUCCUAUAUUUGA